AUGUCUAAUUCAGGUGGUGAUGAGGAAAGGGCUCGUUUAGAAGCCGAGGCCAAAGGAAGGAACGACUUCACCCUUCAAGCUAUGCACCAACAAUUUGAGAGAUGGACCCUUCAAUUUCAAGAGAUGAGGGAUAUGAUUAUCGAGCAGAAUGACACCAUAGCUGCAAUUAGGAGGGAGAAUGAUGUUGUACCCCCAAAUAAUGUUAGACCCCAAGUUAGAAGGAAUGUACCCCAUAUCCCUUUUAUAAAUCCUGAAUAUGAUAAUGAUGAUUUUGAUGUUGAAUUUAAUCUAGAAAGAAGAGAUAGGAGGGGACAAAGAGGUAGAGUAGAAGAUAAUAAUAUAAAUAGUAUAAAGAUGAAGAUGCCAUCUUUCAAGGGGACAAGGGAUCCAGACUUGUACCUUGAUUGGGAGAGACAAGUUGAAGCCAUCUUUGAUUGCCAUAACUACUCUGAGGGUAAGAAAGUUAAACUUGUUGUUGUUGAGUUUUCUGAUUAUGCUGCUUCUUGGUGGAAAAAGCUUGCUAGGGACAGAUUGCAAGAGGAGCUACCACCUAUUGCUACGUGGGCAGAGAUGAAGAGGGUAAUGAGGAAGCGAUUUAUUCCAUCAUACUUCCAAAGAGAUCUACAAUCUCCCCUUCAACACUUGAAGCAAGGCUCCAUGUCGGUGGAUGAGUACUUCAAAAGCAUGGAUAUGUCUAUGAUCCAAGCUAACUGCAUGGAGGAAGAAGAGGCUACAAUAGCUAGAUUUUUAAAUGGUUUAAAUACAGAAAUAGCUAAUUUGAAAAACAUAAUUGAGAAAAAGCAGCAAAAUAACUCAUGGAGAAGUCGACCAAACACUAUCUCUAAGAAGCCAUGGUCAACUCAAGAGGAAAAAGCUCCUUCCAAACCUCAAGAUGAUAGAGGUAAAGGUAAAGUUGAGGAGGGAGGUAAAACCUUUAAUCCUAAAUCUUCUAAACCUUCAAGUUCUAUUCAAUGUCACAAAUUUCAUGGAAGGGGGCAUAUGAUGCAUGAAUGUCCAAGUAGAAGAAACAUCCUACUUAGAGAGAAUGGAGAAUAUGAGAGUGAAAAAAGUGAGGGGGAAGAAGAAGAGGGAGAAGGUGUAAGUGAGGAAGAUGAUUUGGAACUGCCUAAUGAUGGUAUAAUUGGGGUGGUUAGGAGAAUUAUGACUAUCAAUUUGGGUAGUGUUGAUGAAGGGCAGAGAGAGAAUUUGUUUCAUACUAGGUGUGGGAUAAAAGGGAAGAUUUAUUCUAUGAUUAUUGAUAAGGGAAGUUGUGCAAAUGUGAUGAGUUCAUACUUGGUGGAUAAACUAGGAAUUGCAUGCAUGAAGCGCCCUACCCCAUAUAAGCUCCAAUGGUUGAAUGAUUGUGGAGAAGUAAAAGUGAACAAACAAUGCAUGAUUUCAUUCAAUGUUGGUAGGUAUGAAGAUGAAAUUCUUUGUGAUGUAGUUCCAAUGCAAACAUGUCAUGUUUUACUUGGCCGACCUUGGCAGUAUGAUAUGGAUACUACUCAUCAUGGGAGAAAGAAUAGGUAUAGUCUUCUGCAUAAUGGUAAGAAGUAUACUCUUGCACCAUUAUCUCCUUCUCAAGUGUUUGAAGAUAAAAAACGAUUGAGGGAAACAAUGGGAAAACAAAAGGGAGAGAAUUUUGAAGAUGUUUUUCCUGAUGACACCCCAAAGGGAUUGCCACCUUUGAGAGGGAUUGAGCACCAAAUAGACUUUGUGCCUGGGUCUCAACUUCCUAAUAGGCCUGCCUAUAGGAUCAAUCCUAAAGAGACCAAAGAAUUACAAAGGCAAGUUGGAGAAUUGCUUGGAAAGGGAUUUGUUCGAGAGAGUAUGAGCCCAUGCUCUGUUCCAGUCCUAUUGGUCCCCAAAAAGGAUGGAACAUGGAGGAUGUGUGUAGAUUGUCGAGCCAUCAACAAGAUAAGGGUAAAGUAUCGCCAUCCUAUCCCUCGUCUUGAUGACAUGUUGGACCAACUGUAUGGUUCCAAAAUCUUUUCUAAAACUUGA